CACAAACCCCACAUUCUUUUCAGCAACACAAACACAAUUCCUCCUCUCUCUCUCCCUCUCUCUCUCUUUAGGCUCCCAUGGAAAGAAGACGCUGAAAAACCCAAAACUCAAAACCAAAAUAAAUUUCAAGUGAAAAUAACCGUUGAUUUGAGAAAAGUGAAGAUGGCUUAUCUUCUACCAAAUCUCUCACCAUCUCUACUCAUCUCUUCUUCCUCCAAAUCAAAACCCAAUUCAAUUCCCACAAAACCCAUUAAUUUCAAUCUCUCUUCUUCUUCUUCUUCUUCUUCUUCUUCCACUAGUACUACUCUUACCAAUCUUCAAUCCUCAACACUCCAGGAUGCGCAGGUUAACCUCCAAACCGCAGGUGCGCGUGAUAACCAGCAGCAGAACCAGCAGCGGCAGCAGAGGGAUGACUUCUAUGUCAACCUGGGCCUUGCUGUACGGACUCUCCGUGAGGACCUCCCUUUGCUCUUCUCCAAAGACCUUAAUUAUGAUAUUUACAGGGAUGAUAUAACUUUCUUAGACCCACUGAACACGUUUACUGGUAUUGAGAACUAUAAAUUGAUCUUCUGGGCAUUAAGGUUUCAUGGGCGGAUUCUGUUUAGGGAGAUUUCUCUUGAGGUUUUUAGGGUUUGGCAGCCUUCAGAGAAUGUGAUUUUGAUUAGGUGGAACUUGAGGGGUGUCCCUAGGGUUCCAUGGGAAGCUAAAGGAGAGUUUCAGGGCACAUCCCGCUAUAAAUUGGAUCGAAAUGGGAAAAUUUACGAACACAAAGUGGAUAACUUAGCAUUCAAUUUCCCACAGCCGCUGAAACCGGCGGCAUCAGUGUUGGAUUUGGUCACUGCCUGCCCUGCAAGCCCGAAUCCAACCUUCUUGUGGGGUUCGGCUGCAGACGUGUACUCGUCAUCUUGGGUGGAGUUUUAUAGGGCUGUGAGGGAGACAUUGGAUCGCCAAGAGCACAAUCUUCUUGCCCAAGAUGGAUUGGUUACUUGUUCAUAGUUAGCAAUGAAAAAUUGAAGAUUAGUAUAUUGUUAUGUAUACAAUGAACUUUAAUUCAUAUAUAUGUUAGUGUAUUACAUCAUGUAUCAUAUACAUGGGGAUAGCAAAAAUAAUUUGGGGGAAGAAUUCAGGUUUAUGUACAUAGGCAGGUAGGCAGGGAUGCUGGGGAGUUCAAUGUAUGUCUUGCAUGGGUGAAGGCAGAGGAGACAGGGUGCAUUUGGUGAGCUCAUACAGUUCAGAUAUGUAUGAAUACACAAUCUUCAAUUAUUGCUAGUAAUAAAGCUCUUUCUUUCCAUGUUGGAUUUGUUCCAAA